GUUCCCUUGCAACCAACUUCGUUUCGCGACACUCCCUUCACACCUCUGCCGAGCGCUAUUCGGCCUCGCUAGAGCGUGCUAUGCAAUCAUGUAACCCACGUCUUGCACUUCGCUUUUUAGCUAGAGCACCGACAACCGCCCACCAUCCCCAUCUCAGUACCUUUGGUCUUCACCCACGAUCAAAGCCAUGUCUCCCCUCGAUAAACUCUAUCUCAUUACCUGUUGGUCGUACAUCAUAUCCUUCCACAUCAGCUACACACUCCUCGCCCUGGCCCUCGACGAAAGGAGUGCGCUUCGCUUCCUCAAGCACGAGGCGCUGGACUGAUCGGCAACGAGGGGAUCAGUUUGCUCGCGCAGCAAAGGUCCAGGGAUUGAAGAGUCGGGCGGCUUUUAAGCUGUUGCAGAUCAAUGAGCGCUAUAGACUUUUCAAGCCUGGCAUGACUGUGGUGGAUUUGGGAUUUGCACCGGGAAGUUGGAGCCAGGUCGCCGUCGACCUAACGAAGCCUCGAGGCCGAGUUCUAGGUGUUGACCUCCUCCCCGUCCAACCACCAAAGGGCGUGUCGACAAUACAAGGCAACUUCCUGUCCCCAGACAUUCAAGCCGAGAUAAAGUCCUUUUUGCGAGACCCUGACCGGGGCCGUCUACGGCGACCGCUCAUGCUUGGCUCGUCCGAGACCUCAGAAGAUGGGCUGGACCAGGCGAUGCUUGAGGAAGAGGCAACGGGAUAUCUUGAGCGCGAGAGCCAUGAGAAGACGCUGGAAGAAGAGCACAAUCGAGAACAUCUGGACAAGUCUGUCGACGUGGUCCUGAGCGACAUGUGUGAACCCUGGGACCCGCUUGAAGGGCUUUACAAGAAGAGCAUCGGUAACCCUUAUCGCAGGUUGAUGAACACGAGUGGAAAUGCCUUUCGCGAUCAUGCCGGUAGUAUGGCAAAGAGUAAAUUCAAACUACUGACGCUUUUUGGGGGGGCACCGAGCAGGAUCUCUGCAGAGCGGCGCUGCAAUUCAGCUACGACACGCUCAAAGUCGGCGGACACUUUGUGUGCAAGUUCUACCAGGGGGUCGAAGACAAGGCUCUCGAGAGGAGCCUGAAAGCCUUGUUCCACAAAGUUCACCGCGAGAAGCCCGAGAGCUCGAGGAGUGAGUCCCGAGAGGCGUACUUCGUGGGCAUCAGGCGGCUGGCAAAGGCGGAUCGGGACGCCGUGUUUGCUGAGCCCUGAGUAUGAGCACUCUGCUCCUACGACCACGAAGGGGAUGAUGUCUGUCCAGUCUGCUUCUAGCCUUGGAAGUGCCGAGCAAAGGCAAAGAAAAGAGGAAGAGGAAGAAGGAAACAGAAAACAGGGAUAUAUUUGUUGCGACUAUAUCUAUAUGACCGGUGAUGGAAGGCUGCUUACCAUCGCCCUUGACAACCCUCCGAUGCGGUAUAACAGUUGUACCUCCGGGAGGUGUUAACAUAGCUAGCUACCUAGUAGCUGGUAGUGGCUCAAAUCAAUUCCCCCUCCUCAUCCUCGGCGCCCUCGACGCCUUCUUCCUCGCUAAACUCGAUAUCCUUCGCAGCCUCCUCGGCCAGCCUCUGCACCUCCUUCAACCCACUGACAUCCUCGACGUAGCCCUUCUCAUUGAGGGCCCUCUGGACAAAGCCCCAGUCGUCGGCCUCGUACGCGUCGAGGACCUUGUCGGAACAGGCGCUGCAGUACGUGUAGGCGGUGCCCGUGAUGUUCAUGUUGGAGAAGGUGGCCAGGAAGCCGCGGACCUGGUGCGGGACCAGGCCGAGCGGGUGGUCGCCC